AGCCCGGCCGGGGGAGCCGCGGCCGCUGCGGGCCCGAGCGGGGCCGGCGCUGCCUCUCGGGCCAUGCGGGGCCGGGCGCCGCUCCGCUCGCUCCUGCUGCUCCUCCUGCUGCUGCUGCUGUUCCUGCUGGGCUCGGCGCGGGCCGCGGCCGCAGAACCCUCUCCCCAUUUACCAGCACCAAAAGAUGUGGAGGUUUAUUCCUACAACUUCCAGAGUUUGUUGAGGUGGUCUCCUGUUCCAGUGGAGAAUAGCUCGGUGUUAUACACAGCCCAUUACAGAACAGGGUUCUAUGAGGAGUGGAGUGAGAUGGGCUGUGCCCAGACCCCCCAGACCCAGUGCGAGUUCCCCCCGCAGAUCCGGAGGCGGCGCUGGACGAUCCUGCUGCGCGUGAGGGCCGAGCUGGGCCCCCUCACCUCGGCCUGGGUGCACACACCUCCCUUCGUGGCAGAGAGGAACACCUCGCUGGGCCCCCCCAAGGUGAACAGUGUGAGUGUCAGCCCUGACUCGCUGUUCGUCAGCGUCAGCCCCCCGUUCACCCCUGAAACCGAGGACAUUCUCCACUAUCACGUGUCCUACUGGGAGAACACAACAAGUCCUACAGAAGAACAGCUAAGUGAAAGCAAGACACUAUUCCAGAUUGGAAAUCUAAAGGAAUCAACACUUUAUUGCUUCAGCAUUCAAGUGCAGUUGGAGAUCUACUCAGGUCACUUCUUGGAAGGACAGCAGAGUGCCCCAGAGUGUCACAGAACUGCCCUCAGUGAGGCAACCCGAGCUGGAAAGAUCAUCCUCCUGUUUGUCAUGGGGUUAGUCAUUCUAAAUCUGGUGGCAACUGGAUUGCUGUUUCUGUGGAAACACCACCAAAAAAUCAAACAUUGGUCUCAGCCACCUCUGCAAAUCCCAUCACACUUCGAGGAGUUCCUGAGGGACCCUGCCUUUGUUGGCUUGGAGGAGCUGCACAGUCCUGCUGAGGGUGAGCCCCAGGCUGUUGAGGUUGGAGAAGGAGGUGGCCCGGAGAGUGAGGGUCCACCACCCCACCCCCAGGGACAGGGAAGCCACUGAAGGACCAGCCCAGUGAGUGUCACCUGCUCCAGGACUAUCCAGAAGCUGCUCCUGUGGUGUGGCUGCUGGCAGGACAAUCCUGAAUCCCCUGGGAUGUGCUCCAGGGGCUUCUGCCGAGCUCCCCCCGCUCCUCACUCUGCCAAAGGCACUGGGAAGAGGGAACGUGGAAGGGAAAGGAAAGGAACACUAAACUGCCUGAAGACAGGUGGAUAAAAGGGGUGAAUUCCCACCCCAGGCUGGAAGUUUGGAGGAAUAACAGCACUUUAUUGAUUAGGAUAACCUGGAAUUUUUCAGGGAGUGAAGAGUUGGAAUGUGAAUUCCACUUCUACUGGUUUUGUUUUUGUUGGCAACAAUACUCCAUUAUACCCACCCCAGUCUGCUCUCCUGAAUCAUUUUAAGUGCAGGACAAACUAAAAUUUGUGAGUACUCUCCUCAGGAUGAACCUGUGCCAAGAACCGCUCCCAGAGAGGCCUGCUUGUCUCUGCCUCCUCCCACCCACCCUCCUGGAAGCAUUAAUCUGCUCCUGGAGCCAGGCCAGGGCCCUGCACACCACAAAGGACCUGUAAUUAAUUCUGCUCUGAGGUUUUACAGCGUGUAUCAGUCACUGUCAGACACUAAAACUUUUUGUGGACCACCAGCAGAAGAAAAGUUGCCCGAGAGUUCUGGUUUUAGUGCCUUAAAGUAGAAGAGCCCAAGUUAAACACAUCAGCCCCUGUGGGGUCUGCAAAGUGUCCAAUAAAGCACAAAGAACAAGUGAACCUCUUCUUCACUAAAAAGAUGGGGUUGUUUGAUUUUUUUUUCUGGGUUUGAUAUGAAUUGUUUAAAAAAACCAACACGGAAUGGUUUUUUUCUUUGGAAGUGCCUGGUUGGGAGUGCCCUGGCAGAGCUGAGCUCUGUCUCAGCCUUUCCAGGAACCCCCCAGGCCAGCAGCUGCCAACAGCUUCAUCAGGUGCUUCCUUGUAGACUGGAUCUAAUCCCUUGGGAUUAAACAAGCUGCUGACACAGGGAGCUUCAGGAAGCCUGACUCAUGUGGGAACUGUCACGUCAGCACCAGCUCUGCUUUCAUCACCCACACUCUGAGGCUGGGCUGUGAGCAAAGGGGGACCCACAGCUCACAGAAGGGACAACCUCAUGCACACAGAGGACAGAAAUAAGGUUAAAACACCUCCUGGAAUAUCUGUAUGUAUUCCUGAAUAAACCCUACUCUGAACUCGUGUCAGGGCUUGUGUUGUUAAAUACUUUUAAACAAACAAUUAAAAAGCAUUUACUGGGAGUAA